UUGGCAUAGAAGAUGGGCUCCUAACCCAGUAUCCAGGAUGCCUGAAGGCAGCUAGGACUCCACUUUCUCGCCAUGGGCUGCCCAGGCUGACCAGUCAAUCCUUGUGGGCACCUGCUGUGAUCUGGGGGAGACCAUGUUCAAGUCCCCCAACUGCCUGCUGAGGAUGCUCAGGGGCACCCCCAGACAGCGGGUCUUCACCCUCUUCAUUAUCAGCUUCAAGUUCACAUUCAUUGUCUCCAUCAUGAUCUACUGGCACACUGUGGGUGCACCUAAGGACCAAGGACGACAGAAUAGCCUGCCAGUGGACAUCUCCUGCCCCCAGCUGUCCUUCCCUAGCAUCUUUGCCCCAGACAAUAUCUUCUUCCUAGAGACCUCAGACAGGACCAAACCUAGCUUUCUGUUUAUGUGUUCCGUGGAGUCGGCUGCCAGGGCACACCCCGAGUCCCAGGUGGUGGUGCUCAUGAAAGGGCUGCAUAGAUACAAAACAGGCCUGCCUCAGAACUUUGGCAUCUCUCUCCUGAGAUGCUUCCACAAUGUCCAGAUACGACCUCUGGACCUGAAGGAGCUGUUUCAGGACACGCCAUUGGCAGCCUGGUACUUGAAGGUGCAGCACAGCUGGGAGCCCUAUCUGCUGCCUGUACUGUCUGAUGCCUCCAGGAUCGCACUUCUCUGGAAGUUUGGUGGCAUCUACCUGGACACAGACUUUAUCGUCCUCAAGAACCUGAGGAACCUGACCAAUACGCUGGGUGUCCAAUCCCGAUAUGUCCUCAAUGGAGCCUUCCUGGCCUUUGAGCGCCAUCAUGACUUCUUGGCACUGUGCAUACAGGACUUUGUGGACCACUACAAUGGUUGGAUUUGGGGUCACCAGGGCCCCCAACUGCUCACCCGGGUCUUCAAGAAGUGGUGUUCCAUCCGAAGCCUGGAGGAGAGCCACACUUGCCGUGGAGUCACUGCUCUGCCGCCUGAGGCCUUCUACCCCAUCCCCUGGCAGAACUGGAAGAAAUACUUUGAAGACAUCAGCCCUGAGGAGCUGGCACGGCUGUUCAAUGCCACCUAUGCUGUUCAUGUGUGGAACAAGAAAAGUCAGGGUACACAUCUAGAUUCCACGUCCAGGGCUCUGCUGGCCCAGCUACAUGCCCGCUACUGCCCCACCACACACAAAGCCAUGAAGAUGUACUUGUGAGAGCCCUCGGGCUGCCUCCAUAGUAUAUCAGUACUGUUACUACCUUUCCCAAGGGAGGCAAGAUGAGCAGGAGGGAAAGGGCUCUAAGUUGUUGAUACUGACUUUAGAGGAGACCAAGGCUGGCCUGGGGAAUAUGUGUCACCUCUAUACACCUGCCCCACCAGGCCAGAGUGGGACUGGUAGACACAUUUUGUCCAGUGUUCUUGGUGGCAAGUGAUUCUAGAAUUAGAGCUAGAUCAGCAAGCCUGGAACACUGAAGAGUGUUCUGAGGUAGCUGGAAAAAUAGACAGGGCCAGGAGCAGAGCUCAGAGAAGCCUGGGUAGAAAUGCUAAGAAGGGUAGAGAUCUCCCAGCUUCAUGAGCCCAAGGGGAGGGGCAGAGCUCUCUGGGAAUCUUUCCUCCCUUGAGGCACUGCUCUGAAGAUCUGCCACAGCCCAUUCCAGAGUGCAGGGGAAGUGAAAAUUCUUGGGAAAAGUGGUUUUUGUUUGUUUGUUUUGUUGGUUAUAGAUUUUUAAGACAGGGUUUCUUUGUGUAGGCUUGUCCUGGAAUUUGCUCUGUAGACCAGGCUGGCCUCGAACUCACAGAGAUCCACCUGCCUCUGCCUCCCAAGUGCUGGGAUUAAAGGCGUGCACCACCACCACCUGGUUGGGGAAAGUGUUUUAAAUACUACCCCUGUUGUAGACAGGAGACUCUAAUAAAAGUG